GAUACGAGUUAAGAAGAUACGAACCGUCGCUGUGGGUCGGGACACGGAAUGUAAUGUCUUAUUCCUGGAGAGACUCGUCUUUCUCUAAGUUGUUUUCCUACAUUUCCGGGAACAAUGAAAGAGGGCUGAAGAUUCCUAUGACUGCCCCUGUGCUAAGUAUGUAUACUCCUGAGAGAGGAAUGUUUAAUAACCAAUGGACCAUGUCGGAAAUGCUGUUUAUGGUCCCCCAUAACAUGAGGCGGUACGCCCCCCAACCAAACGACCCCACAGUGUACCUCAAGAUGCUCCCCGAAAUGGACGUCUACGUCAAAUCUUAUGGUGGAUACUCGAAUUACAGGACAAAGCUUGCGAAAUUCAGAGAACUGAAGAAUGAAAUAGAUAACAGAUAUCUAUAUAAUAACAAUGCUUUCCUCUCUGCUGGGUACAAUGGUCCAUCAGACCCCUACAACAUGAGGCACAACGAAAUAUGGCUGGUCGCCAGGCGCUAAUUCUGUCAUGUGUAAUUUGAUUGUUACAUCAAACCGAUACAAAACUGUGCACCAAGCAGUGAAACAUGCCAAGGAACUGUAGUUGAAUAUAGAUCAUUGCAAUGAUGUUUUUUUUUAUUUCAGAAGAAAAAAAAUGCAAUAAAGAUAUAUCCAAUUAAA